GGCGUCGAGUUCCAGACGCAGAACAUGGAGAUCGAAGGCAAAGAUGUCAAAGCUCAGAUUUGGGACACUGCUGGUCAAGAACGCUUCCGUGCCGUCACCUCCGCGUACUACCGCGGCGCAGUCGGUGCGCUAGUCGUCUACGACAUAAGUCGUCGCUCAACCUUUGAGAGCGUCGCACGUUGGCUUGAUGAGCUCAAGACACAUUCAGAUACAACGGUGGCGAGGAUGCUGGUGGGGAACAAGUGCGACCUAGAUAACAUGAGAACGGUUAGCGUCGAAGAAGGCAAAGCCCUAGCGGAAACCCAAGGAAUGUUCUUUAUGGAAACAUCGGCUCUCGAUUCAACAAACGUUAAAACAGCUUUUGAAAUGGUGAUCCGCGACAUCUACGCCAAUGUUAGCAGGAAACAACUCAACUCCGAUACGCAUAAAACCGAACUGAAGUGGAACAGCCGAGUAAGUCUCGUUAAGGACGACAAUAAGGGAUCUACGCAAGGGUUCGGUUUCUCUUGCUGUUCUUCCUCUUGACCUCCCUCAUAUCUUGGUUUCUAAAUUAUUUUUUCUUUUGCUUCAUUUGUUACAUUCAACACACAAAGUUUCAUAAGAUUUACUUUUGUUU